AUGACCAUAGAGGAUCUCCCAGAACCUUCCUUAGAAGGAGAUUCCCUCAUUGAAAGAGAACGGUUCUUAUUCCCAAACUCUGAAACAUCUGUUACUUUUUCUGUUGCUGCAGCACCAAUGCCUUCAGACUGCGAGUUCUCCUUCUUCGAUCCCAAUGACAUGGCAUGCCAAGAAAUACUUUUCAACCCCAAAACAUCAGUUUCUGAAUUGUUUGCUAUCUUAAGGCAGUGGGUUCCACAGGUCCAGCAGAAUAUUGAUAUUAUUGGGAAUGAGAUCAUUAAAAGGGGUUGCAAUGUGAAUGACAGAGAUGGACUGACUGAUAUGACUCUCUUGCAUUACACUUGCAAAUCAGGGGCUCAUGGUAUUGGUGAUGUUGAAACUGCUGUAAAAUUUGCGACACAGCUUAUUGAUUUGGGUGCUGAUAGCAGUUUACGCAGCCGCUGGACAAAUAUGAAUGCCUUGCAUUAUGCUGCCUACUUUGAUGUUCCAGAACUUAUUAGUGUUAUUUUGAAAAAUGCAAAGCCGAAAGAUGUGGAUGCCACCUGUAGUGAUUUUGAUUUCGGCACAGCUUUGCAUAUUGCUGCAUUUAACCUAUGUACAGGAGCUGUCAAGUGUUUACUGGAACAUGGAGCAAAUCCUGCCUUUAGGAAUGACAAAGGGCAGAUUCCAGCGGAUGUGGUUCCUGAUCCAGUAGAUAUGCCACUGGAAAUGGCAGAUGCAGCAGCCAGUGCAAAAGAAAUCAAGCAGAUAUUGCUGGAUGCAGUGCCUCUCUCAUGUGACAUCUCAAAAGCCAUGAUUCCGAACUAUGAUCAUGUCACAGGCAAGGCCAUGCUUUUAUCGCUUGGCCUGAAACUGGGAGAUCGUGUCGUUAUUGCAGGACAGAAGGUUGGUACAUUAAGAUUUUGUGGCACAACGGAAUUUGCCAGUGGCCAGUGGGCUGGCAUAGAGCUGGAUGAGCCAGAAGGAAAGAACAAUGGAAGCGUUGGAAAAGUCCAGUACUUCAAGUGUGCACCGAAACGCGGUAUCUUUGCACCUCUUUCUAAAAUAAGCAAGGCUUCUGAUCACAAAAAAAGCUCCGUACGAAGUUCUUCCAUGCGGUCUUCCCCUUUGGUCAAAUCCAAGAAAAUAGAUGUGACGCACAUAACUUCCAAGGUGAAUUCUGGCCUAAAUAUGGCAAAAAAAGACAGUGCUUCUGAAACCAACUUUGUGGCUGCUAACAGGGGAAAAACUGUACCUGCAAAAGACGGUUUUCCUGUGUACAGCAGCUCUUCCUCCUCUACUACCUCCUUGGAAGGCAAGCAGAAUUACUGCAAGAAGCGGAGCUCAACCAGCAGCAAUAAAAAAGCAGUGACUAGAGUGUCUUCUGCCUCAUCGAAAAUUAGUGCUGGGUUAUAUAGUUCUCCGGCUACAAGGAAAAAUCCUUUUGAUGAAGGAGAAAUUCAGGUUGGAGACAGAGUGCUGGUGGUAGGACAGAGAACAGGCACUGUUAGAUUUUGUGGGACGACAAAAUUUGCACCAGGAUUCUGGUGUGGAAUUGAAUUGGACAAGCCUCACGGGAAGAAUGAUGGUUCCGUGGGAGGCGUUCAGUACUUCAGUUGUCUCCCCAGAUACGGUAUAUUUGCACCACCAUCUCGUGUACAGAGACUAACAGGUUCUCUGGAUUCUCUCACAGAGACUUCGAGUAAAAUAAAUCACGCUUUUCCAGGUUUUAGACGCAGUCUAAGCACCACUUCCGCAUCUUCACAAAAGGAGAUAAACAGAAGAAACUCCUUCGUUAGAUCCAAGAGCUCUGUGUUACGGCGCAGCUGGAGUAACAGCACCACGGCUAACACUGAGGGACCCGUGAAGCUGCACGAAGGCUCUCAGGUUCUUCUGACCAGCUCCAACGAAAUGGGGACAAUCAGAUACAUCGGUCCUACGGACUUUGCACCGGGGAUAUGGCUUGGACUUGAACUCAGAAGUGCCAAGGGAAAGAAUGAUGGCUCCGUGGGGGAGAAGCGCUAUUUCACCUGUAAGCUGAACCACGGGGUCUUAGUUCGACCUAGCAGAGUAACCUAUCGUGGCAUUAACGGGGCAAAACUUGUAGACGACAUUUGCUGA